UUCCAAAGUUUUUAUUGCAGUUCAACCCCUUGACCACCAUCCAAACCCACCAGAGUGUGACAAGAACACUAUGCAGUCUCCAGUGAGCUCGCUUCUGAGCCCUGACGGCCGUUCUAGUCUCUGAAGUAUUUUUUCUGAAUCUCAAAGCAGCAUCCAGGUACAGACUGUUUAAAAGCAACACAGAAGCCUCUGACCGAGCCUAGCGUAACUGUCAAUGAGGGAUCACCCUCCUCCCUCCAAGCUUUUGAAUCACUGGGAAGGAAAGACAAUCUCCAAAUGACAGAGUGGGCUGUGGACACGAGCAAAACAAAGAACUUGCAGUUGACUAAACAGGCAACAGAAGGAGAAAUAGCGCACAUGAUCUUCCAGCUGUGGUUACAGUUUGCUGUUUGAUUUUUAAAAGGAAGUAUAAGACGGCAAGUCCGGCUUUGGAGGUGAAGAAACAUUUUCUGUUGUACCAGCAAAGGGUGAACUUUAUUAUCUCUGUUUGAGGGGAUUUCUUAGGAGAUCUCGGUGGACUUUCCUAACGAAAAAGGAAUACAAGCUCAAAAAUCCUCUACUCACAUCUGUUUAGAAAUGGCUAAUUCUGGAUUCCAGCUUUUGGGGUACUUCUUAGCACUUGGAGGGUGGAUUGGCAUCAUCUCAACCACAGCGCUGCCACAAUGGAAGCAAUCAUCUUAUGCUGGGGAUGCCAUUAUUACAGCAGUUGGGCUAUAUGAAGGCCUUUGGAUGUCCUGUGCUUCCCAGAGCACUGGGCAGGUGCAGUGCAAAGUCUUCGAUUCAAUGUUGUCAUUAGAUGUGCAUAUCCAGACAUGCCGGGCUCUGAUGGUAGUUUCUGUUCUGAUGGGGUUCAUCGCCAUCAUCGUCAGUGUGGUAGGAAUGAAGUGCACCAGAGUUGGAGACAACAACCCGCUGACCAAGAGCCGCAUCGCUGUCUCCGGCGGGGUGCUCUUCCUGCUCGCCGGGCUGUGUACACUGGUGUCAGUAUCCUGGUAUGCUACACAAGUGUCCCAUCAGUUUUUUAAUCCCAACACACCUGUAAAUGCCAGGUAUGAGUUUGGUUCUGCGCUUUUUGUUGGCUGGGCGGCAGCCAGCCUGACCAUGUUAGGGGGGUCCUUCCUGUGCUGCUCUUGUCCUAAUGAGGAGAGAAGAGGGCAGCAGUAUUACCGACAAUCACAGCCCUCCACAGCCAGGGAACCAAAUGUAAAAAGUUCUCCACCAGACAAAGGAGAGCAGUACUUGUAGUUGGGCAAAGUGGGCAACUGUUGGUCACAUGCUGUUUAGAUUUUGCAACAAACAAGACACUCCCUCAAAAAAGCCAUUAAGUAUUAUAUCCAUAGGCCCAACUGAAAUGGACUGUAUUCUUGAAAUAAAUUAGUUAUUAUUAUUUUUUUCUUAAUAUUUACCCUAAGUUUUUAGAUGACUUCGCCUUACAACUAAAAUGAUAAAUUAUAAUAAAAUACAUUAAGUACAAAGUAGACAAGCAAUCAUCUGCUUGUAUAUAUAAAAACAGACAAUAUUCAAAACAGCUAGCAUGGCUAAAUUUAAUUUUCUUGUUUUUGUCACCAUAUUUUUCAGAUGAAAUUAUUUUUGUCAUUAUAGUGGGUUAGCAGGUUUGACAGAUCUAUUUAAGGUAAGUCACAAUAAAUGAACAUUCAAUUAAAAUGAAUUAAAAGUAAAUCUGACUAAUAAAACAGUGACACUUUGGUUGCUCAAGAAAAUUUGUAUAAGAUGCUGAAAUCAGCAAAUAGAAGCUAUGUUGGGAAAGUGCAGUGGAUUUGAUGUCAUUUGAAGUUAUUCCACCACUGAAGAACUAGGUAGGACAUUCCCCCAGGAACAAGUGUACAAAGCACUCCAAAAAUAUCCUGCUAGAAUGAGAGUAGCAAUUCAUCAGAAAAACAUACAUCACUUUAACAUAAUACUAGAAAGAAGUUAAUAAUUAAAAUGUUGACAUUUUAAAACGUUACAUUUAAUUGGUCCGUAUCUACUUAGAAAUGUUCGGUGAAUAUUAUUCUUGUUCUGAAAAAAAAGGAUUGAUUCUUCCUUAUACUGUAUUGUACAUAAACUUGACAUGAACUCACAUAUCAUCAUUUUUGCUAAUUCAUGGCUACAUGUAUAAUUCACUUUUGAUUUCAACAAUCCUGUGUGCAGUUAAAGUAGCAGUUUUAUACAAACAUUAUACAAUGCUUUUAAUGUGUGUCAUUUCUAAGAUAUGUUGCAUAAAAUGUUGUGAGCUUAUUUUUCACCUGGAUAUACACAUGUAAUACUAAAACAUUAUUAUUGUAUACUCCAUUCUUUUUUUUUCCGGAAGAAUAGGUAACCAAGACUUUCAUGAAACUAAAUUGUUUUGUAUUGUCCCAAGUUCAGUUGAAUUUCUGUUGGAUGUGUUAAAACAUAUUAACAUGUAACAAGCUGAAAAAAACAGAAGAUAGUUAAUAAAACAGAGUUAUUAAUAUUAUAACUAUAAUGGCAAGUACUCAUUCAUUCAGCUUAGAAGUUUAUAAUCACUUCCAUAUAUACAACAGAUUUCAUUAGGGGUAUUCAGCGAGCAAUACACCAUGUAAAAUAAAUUACUGUUCUGUUUUCUUUUUUGAAUAAAUUGCCAUUGUAUUUUG